AUGCCUACAUUAAAUCAAUUGAUUCGUCAUGGUAGAGAAGAAAAACGGCGCACGGACCGUACUCGAGCUUCGGAUCAAUGUCCCCAGAAGCAAGGAAUCUCGCUAAUAUGGGCUAAAAAGAAAAUAGGCAAAUCGACCGUUUCACUUAGCGUACUUAAAUCUCUCGCGAAUUAUAAACCGGCGCUAUCUUGCUGCUGCUGGAUAUUUUUGAUCAAUAGAACAGGAAGAGGAGGAUUUCUAGGAAAAGCUAUGACUCAGAAAGAGGAUAAGAUGAGACUUUACCACCGUGGAGCGGCUUUUUGCAAAAAGAUGAGGGAGAUGUACGAGGGUGCUUAUAUGAGUAACUGGGGUCUUCGAAUGUCUAAUUCUUUGGUCAGAAUUUCGAUCGUUUUAUUCUUCCUGAUUUUUGGCUAUUUCUUAGCUCUAGUAAUCGGCUUAGAUUUCCAUCUUUUGGGGGAUCAAGUCCCUUUGGUUCGAUUAGUCCGAUUACUCUUCAUUCGACUUUUUGGUUGGGAGGUUCCCCUAAUUAUUCUUCUUUGUCUUCUUUCGGGCCUCGAUGAGUCUACCCUGAACAUGAUGGAUCCAGCAGGAGGUCAACCUGCUGCCAAUCCUGCAGCGGAGCAACCCUCUGACGGCGCAUCGACCUCGGGCUGGAGAAGUUUCGAAGAAGGUGUUUUGUUACAAUCUAUGCCAUCUUCAAACGAAUCCAGCGAAGCGAGCGUGAAUCAGCAGCCAGUGAUUCCCGAACUGGAGCCUCCGCUUCUCGAUGACAACAGCCGGCGGGAAGAGCUCGCUGCUCGAUUGAGGGCGAACUGGUGGGGCGUAGCUUAUAACGAGCGAAUCCUCGACUCCUUCGUCCAGAGUCAACUUUCAAUCGAAAGACACGUAGAGGCCGCACUUGUGGCGGACGGGUAUUCCCCUCAAGUUGUCUUUGAAAGAAGACAUACGAUUCGGGGAUUUCUUUUCUAUCCGGAGGGGCAUGCGCUGCAGGGGGGCACUUACGCGGGUUAUCUGAGCCAAAUUGCAAAUUUUGGUACAAGGCAAAGCGUUCCCUAUCAGCGAGUGAUCCGAUCCGUCCGGAACUCUCAUCUAUUUUUAGAUUAA